AUGUUCCUGGAGGGUUUUGGCUCCAAGCAUAAGCACCAAGGCCUCCAAGGGUUCCGACAGUUUCUCACCAUGCUCAGCUGGGCCUGGAUUCUUCUUCCUGUGGUGGCGGCGAUCUCUGACCCGGACUGGGAGGCCUUCAAGCACAAGUACCAGAAGAGCUACUCCAGUAAGGGCGAGGAAACGGCCCGCUACCAGCUGUUCAAGGCCACAAAGCAGCGAGUCGAGCAUUUGAACAAGCUGAACGGCGAACCCGCGUUCGGCAUCACCUGGAUGGCCGACCGCUAUGAGGAGGAGAAGUACAAGAGGGGGCACCGGAAGCCCAAGGGCUUCGUGCCCGUUGCGCCAGUGCGCAACUCGACCGGCGCCCGAACGGCCACAGCCGUGGACUGGCGCCUCACAGAGGCGGUGACGCCCAUCAAGAACCAAGGCCAAUGCGGAUCGUGCUGGGCGUUCUCAGCCACUGAGGCAAUCGAGUCGCAACUUAUCCUGGCCUCCGGUGGCAGGUACGACAUUGCGUUGUCGCCCCAGCAGAUUGCCAGCUGCGCGCCCAGCACAGGAACUUACGGAUGCCAAGGCUGCAACGGUGGCUUCACAGAGGGUGCCUACGAAUAUCUGAAAACAGUUCCGGGCCUCGCAAACAGCUUCUACAUUCCUUACCAACAGAGCCUGACGGAGUCCACCGAAACUGUUGCCUGCCCCACGGCGAAGGUGGAGGCCAUGGAUGGCCCCAUGAUGCAGUUGUCGGGUGGCUACGCAGCUGUGACAGGCUACAGCUAUGCCGUGAAGCCUUGCACGGAAGGGAGUUGCGAGCACCAGGACCUGAAGGGCUUGGCAGCGGCUCUGGAGGAAUCCCCCAUCUCUGUGUGUGUCAAUGCCGGUGUUUGGAACGACUACACCGGGGGCGUUCUUUCGGCCGCCGCCUGUGGUCCCAUGGGCGCCGACUACCAGGACCAUUGUGUGAUGGCCGUUGGCUUCAACGCCACGGCUGCCAAGCCUUACUGGAUUGUUCGCAACUCGUGGGCAUCGACCUGGGGCAUGCAGGGUUACAUCUACCUGGAGAUGGCCAAGAACACUUGUGGCUUGGCGGAUGAUGCCACGAUUCCUCAGGUGAAGGUGGACCUCUCCGAGGAGGAGGCACAGGAGGCGGCGGCAAGGCGCAUGGCAAUGCGGAGGGCCGAGCAUUCUGUUCCGCCGCGCCAGCGGGACAGCCGGGCCUGCCACAGUGCAGCAGAUGGUCGUGUGAGAAUCGAAGUUCUGAGGUGCUACGAUGUCUUCAUCGAGGCCCAGUACGUGAACGUGGUCGUCGACAUGUUUAAUGGCGGCGACCUGGUUGACGGCCUCAACACCCACCGACGGGCCUUUGGGCGCGUGCCGAAUGCGCAGCUGGCGCGCCUUGCGAAGCAAAUGAUGUCGGCUGUUGCCCAUGUGCACGGUCUGUCAAUCAUACACCGGGACGUCAAGGGUGAGAACUUUCUGGCAGAUCGACCAGACAUCGGUGAUCCCGAUGUCAAGGUUGCGCUGUCAGACUUUGGCACAGCCAUGAGGAUUGAGAAGGGGGAGAUGGUCAGCGGUCGCGUGGGAACUCCCGCCUUCUGGGCACCCGAGAUCUAUGUCGGCACAUACGACUUCGCUGUUGAUGUUUGGGCCGUCGGUGUGACGACCUUUAUCUUGCUGACUGGCGCCCUCCCCUACGAGGGCGAGGAUGCCAUCUGUGCUCGUCCAGGGCCGAAAGGCACGAACGACCUGACGAUGCCAUUCUACUGCUCGCAGUUGGGUGCGGAUUUCCUUCGUCAGACGAUGAAGAAGGAUGUCUCGGAUCGGCCACUUGCAAAGGAAGCUGUGCGCCAUCGCUGGCUGACGACACAGCAGAACGACGCAGCAUUGGUUGAUGAGUGUCCUCCAGAAGAAGAGGUCCAGGCCAAAUCGCGCGUCUCCCAGUACAGGAACUGCAUCUUCUCCGCACUUGGAGGCCUCACCAUGUACUGUUGCAGUGCCUUGGGCUACUGUAUGGAUUCCAUGUGUGACCAGAACGAGGUAGAAGCUGCAGCUGCCCGGUGGUCGAGCAAGAGCAAGGCCAGUACCGGUGGCUCCAUCCUCGGAGUUACAGACAAGGACAUUCUCGAAAAGCAAACGACGGAUCUCACAAAGCAGAUUUCCAUAAAUCUCAUGGAGCACCAGGUCUCGAUGAAGCAGUAG